CUUCAGGAAACAAUAAGGCAGCUCUCGAUCGGAAAACCAGGAACUGUUUUUCAGCUCCCUUGCCUUGAAUGAUGGAGCACACUAUAAGUGAACCUCCUCAAAAAAUAUUUACUUGCCUGUUGUGUGAUUUAAGUAGCCCUUUUACUUACUUCGGGCAGAAACCACCAAACACCAGAGCCAUUGUGUUGCUUGAAGAGUGUUUUGUGACCAAGGACCCUUUCAGUCCGGACAAGGAAAAGUUUUUAGUUCUGGGCUCCAACUGCAGCCUGUGCAACAUGCGAGUCUGUGUUGGAUCGGACUGCAGUCUUUUCUACACCAAGAGGUUCUGCAUGCAGUGUGUGAACAAGCACCUAGACCAGUUCCCCCAUCAGAUUCAAGCCGAGCUGGCCAAGAAGAAGCAGAGCUCCAAGGCUGCCGUCUCUUGACAUCAGACAGGAGGUCCAUAACUUGCGUCUGAAUGGUCGCAUGAAGAGUCCCAAACAUGUGAGGGUGCUUUACCAUGCAUAAGAACAUUGCUGGCUAGUUAAGCUGCUGAGUUUCCAGAGAGGUUUAUAGAAGCAAGCAACAGGUGUGACUAGUUUUUCUGGACCCCUGCUGUAUUGUGCAGGCUCAGAAUUGGACCUGCUAAUUUGUAGCUAUUAAAAAUGUGCAAAUGUGCAUUGAACAUGCUUAGUCGCCCUAAAGUUGCUCUAAAUGUUUUGUUUAAAAAUUUUUUAGAAAGUACUGAAUACUGUGCUGCACAGUAUUAAGAUAAUUACAGCCCAUUUCUCCAACCUGAUUCGAGAUGUGGAAGUCGUAGCAUUUCUCAAGAUCAGUUGGCAGGUUAGGAAGCAGAUUCAUGUUUCCACCGCCUUUGCAAUGUAAAGAAAUUACUAAGUCAUUCAGUUUUUUAUUGUACUUGAUGACUUAUGCCUGUUGUAUAAUAUCUUAAUGUGCCACUUUAUGAGAAAACACAUCGAGCAACAUGUGGUAACAGUAACAUUUCUAUGUGUAAUCCUACUCUCUACUCCCCUACUACUCCUCUCCUACUAGACACAUUUGACACCUCUGCACUUUGAUUUUUGCAUCCCUGGUCAGAGGGUGCAUUGUUGACUUCUGUGGAGUCAAACAAAUGUUUUUUCUGUAUUAUCUUAAACUAUAAAAAGACUCAUUCAGUGA